UGUGACGACAAUAGAUGGAAGAGUGUGUGAGACUGUUACUUUUGACCUUGACUAUCCCCAAUUGGAGCAGUCUUUUCGGAUCAGCUGGCACAAGGGAAGUGCAUUCUCACAGCGCUGGACACGUGGCAGCACUAGCCAUGGCCAGCGUGUUCAUGUCUUUCCUAAUGGGACGCUGGGGCUCCGCAUGGUCAGGAAAGAGGAUGCAGGACGGUACACGGCCACAGUGUGCAGCAGCACUCAGCAUUGUUUCUACCAAAGAAAAUUUCAGCUACAUGUGCAUGGGCACCUUGUCAGAGGGCUUGUAGGUGACUGUGUUACUUUUGAUCUGAACUGCCUGCAAUCAGCCAGGUACAUCCAUGUUAUGUGGAAGAAGGACAACCAGCGAGUGGCCAAGAUAAAACCGGAGGCAAAUGUCUCUGUGAUCUACUGUGACAGAGCCCAUGUGUUCCCCAAUGGCAGCUUGAGCCGCUGCCCCACGCAACGCAGGGAUGAGGGAGAGUAUGUGGCAGAUGUAUUUGGUCAGGAUGGCGUGCAUUUGCAUCAGGAAACUUUUAACCUGGAACUGAACAUUUGGAUCACAGUACCAAGCAUUCAAUAUGCAAGUUUGAUCCUUACGGAUGAGAGGGACAGUCCUGAGGAAUGUGAAGGAAGGGAUGAAAACAAUCCUUGUUCACAAAAUGAUGAGAAUCCUAGUGUGCAGGGACUAGAUGGUACAAACUCGCCUGAGCAAAGGAGUAAAGAUUUGCUGAGAAGCAACAAAGAGGCUAACCCAGCAACAGCUGUUACGGUGACAUAUUCUUCUGUCUCCAAACUGCAAGACUAUGUUCCUUCAGGAUCCAGAGUGUCCUGGAAACACGGUGAAGAAGACGUGUCUUCUCAGUAUGCUUUGAUCAUGAAGAGCACAAGGGGACUCCCAGGAGACAAGCCUGGAGAUCCAGUAUGCAGUUCUUCCCCUUGGAUUUGCCAGGAGAGACGUCCACAGUAUUGGACCUGAGGGUUGGACUCUUCCCUUCUCCCUCAGCUGGCUGUGUGCUAACCUUGCAAUUCUGCUGUUCCUCCUAUAAAUCUGAUUCUUCGAAGAAUUAACUGGAAGCCUGAAGAGAAAUCUCUCUGUGGAUCAGUUUCUUUUCCAGAGCUGAUGCUCUUCUCUUCCCUCUGCUGAAGGUCUUGCAGGAGAACGCAUGAGGACCCCCUUGGAGAGCAAACAUGGCAGUUAAUCCUGAGGUCAGCCCCUGCUUCUCUUUGCUUCCACUAAGAGGUGUCACUGUGAAAAGAGAAGGACCUCAGGGAUUUCUGGAGGUGGGAUCAGGGUUCUGACCUCAGUCCCCAACUUCUUGUGUGUGGUCCAUGCACCUGACUGACUGGACAGGGGAUCAGGACCAACACCUUAACAGCUCAGUGGACAUGAGUGGUUUGCUUAAGCCUCCGUCUAACACAUACAGUGCUGAUAAAACCGCUGCUUAACUUGGUAGAUUUAAGCAUGAUUUUACUUCCAUUGUUUGCCUAGAGGAAUGUGCUGCUUAGGUGGAAGUCAGUUCAGACUAUAGUGGGAGAUGGGAACUGCACUGGAGAACAUGCAGCAGCUUUUAUUUAGGAACUGUUGUUUUAGAAGGAAAGAAAACAGAACAUUGAUAGCAAAUGGGUGUAGCCAUAUAUGUGAUUGCCAUUAAUAAACAGCCUUGGUAAUUAGAUGUUGUAUUUUCUGCAAUGCCUGUGUUAUUAUCUUAAAUAGUGUAUAGUAAUUUUAGAAUGGCUUUAUCUUAGUUAUGAGGUGCUGCCUGUAUGUUUCAUGAAGCAUCAUUUUUACAGCAUGUUGAAUAAAA